UUUUUCAGAAAGCAAGACUUAAUAUCAUGUCAGUUUUCUUUCCAAAUAAAGAUUUCUUGAUUUAAGAAUGUUUAUCAAGAAAAUCCUUUUUGCCAUGUACAUAUCAAAUUCUCUCACUGAUAUUCUGUAUCUUAUUGUGCAACAGAAUGAGAUUUCAGUUUGUAAUGCCACAUGUUCACAGGCCACUAUUGUUGUGAAAUAGGUGUGUAAUUGUUAUUCUUCAAACCUCUCCCUCUUUGUGCUUUUUAACCUGUUUGCUCAGUCACCACAGGGUAAGGCAUAUAGUGAAGACUUAAGCUGAGUUUUAGCAUUAGUUCUAACACGCAUUGUAACAAAACCAUCCACAAUGCAGGAAACCACAUCGUGGAACUUCAGAUUUGGGAUAGUCAUUCUUGGAGACUCGGCUGUAGGGAAAUCUUCUCUCCUGCAUCGCUUCACUGAAGGAACAUUUGAUGAAUCUUCUCAGUCUCCUCUAGGAAUUGAUUUUAAGGUGCAUAACAUGAACUUCGAUCCUAAUGUUGUGGUCAAACUUCUUCUGUGGGACACUGCGGGCCAGGAAAGAUUUAGGUCCAUCUGUAAGUCGUACAUGAGGAAUUCUGUGGGCUGCAUUCUGAUGUUCGACGUCUCACAGCGACAGACGUUUGAUCGUGUUUGCAGCUGGCAUCAGGAAGUCCUGGACUAUGUGAAACCAAACCCCAUGUUAUUCUUGCUUGUGGGUCAUAAGUGUGACCUGGCCGUGGGACGACAGGUCAGGAAGAGUGAAGGAGAAGCGCUGGCUAAAAAACUCAACAUGGUGGCUUAUCUUGAAGUGUCUACAAAGGAGAAUAUUAACGUCAGCGAAUCGUUUGAGACCUUGGCCAGGGGUAUAUAUCAACUCUUCCUGAAAGGAAAAAUACCCACCCGAGAUGACUGGCACGGGUUAGUCGUUGGGGCCCCCAUUAAAAAAGAGACACCUGAGACAAAAAAACCUGCCUGCUGCAACUGAGGAUGAAUUUAGUGUGUUUAAGACUCAACUGAACUGAAGUAUAUUAAUUAAAAAGAUGUUUUUUUUUUUUUUUUUUUAAGUAUUUAACAUUGAUAUUAAAAUAACACCGAACUGCCCAAAGGGCCCAUAUGGGGAAUACAGUUUUACUUGUCUCUUGUUUUCCAGAAAUAUCUAAACAUGCUGAAAUCAAGAUACAUUUACUACGGAAGCAAAAUGGCAUAAGACUUUUUUCUUUUCUUUUUUUAGA